AUGUUGAAAGUUAAUAACAUGCUGUUAGAAAAUAUAUUGCCAGCACACGUUGUUCAAGUAUAUUUAGACCUUAAUAGAUCAUUAGAUGAAUUGUAUUACGAAAAGUACGACAACGUGGCUGUUAUGUUUGCAUCACUGACUGAUUAUAAACUCGGAGUCGAAGAAGAUGGUGAUUUGAGUGAUAAGUUUGUAUUGAGAAUUUUGGAUGAAGUUAUAUCAGAUUUUGAUAGACUUUUGCUAACUGGAACGUCUGUUUAUAAAGUUGAAAAAAUUAAAAUGGCUGAUUGGACAUACAUGGCCGCUUGUGGACUAGACCCGAAUCGACGCGAGUCCAUGGACUCCUCGUCUUUCAACUCAAUCGUUGACAGAAAGCAAAAUAGUCCAUAUAAUCGUGCGCUAGUACUAACAAUGGUGGAAUUUGCAGCGGCUAUGAUGAAGCAAUUAAAAAAUUUUAAUCGAGGAUCUUUUCAGAGUUUUGAAGGCCUAAAUUUACGUAUUGGUAUUUCUAACGGUGAAGUCGCGGCAGGAGUCGUUGGUUCCCUUAAGCCGCUGUAUGACAUUUGGGGCAAUGCUGUAAAUAUGGCCUCUAGAAUGGACUCAACCGGGGAAGCUGGACGAAUCCAAGUAACAGAAAAUACUGCGAUAUUAUUAGAUGGAUGUGGCGUGCUGACUUCAUAUCGUGGAGAAACCUUUGUAAAAGGUCCGGGAUAUAUCAAGACGUACUUUGUGCCCCUUGACGAGAACUUUAAUUUAAUAAAGAAGGAUCAGAUCAAUACAUUAAUGAUAAUGAACUUGAGAAAGGCUGUGAUG